CCCCCGGUGCUGCUGCCCGGCUUCCUUCCUUCCUUCCUUCUUCCUUCCGCCGUGCUCGGCCGGGCUGGGCUCUCCCGGGCGGCGGGGCAGGAGGUGCCGCGGCCAUGUCGCUGCUGUGCUACAACCGGGGCUGCGGGCAGCGCUUCGACCCCGAGAGCAACACGGCGGAUUCAUGCACAUACCAUCCAGGUGUUCCCGUCUUUCAUGAUGCUCUCAAAGGUUGGUCAUGCUGCAAGAGGAGAACAACAGACUUUUCUGACUUCUUGAGCAUUGCGGGCUGUACAAAAGGUCUUCAUAACAGCGAGAAACCUCCUGAGCCUGUUAAACCAGAAGUCAAAACUACCUCUGAACGAAAGGAACUAGCUGAACUGAAACCCAAAUUUCAAGAACACAUAAUUCAGGCACCAAAACCAUUGGAAACAAUUAAAAGGCCAAGCCCAGAUGAGCCAAUGACAAAUUUGCAGCUGAAAGUGUCAGCUUCCUUGAAACAAGCUCUUGAUAAACUGAAACUGUCAUCAGAAAAUGAAGGGAAAAAAGAGGAAGACAGUGAUGAAAUCAAGAUUGGGACGGCAUGUAAAAAUGCAGGCUGUUCAAAAACAUACGAAGGACCACACAGCACAGAAGAAGUAUGUAUUUACCAUUCUGGUGUACCUAUAUUCCAUGAAGGGAUGAAGUAUUGGAGCUGUUGUAAAAGGAAAACUUCUGACUUCAAUACAUUUUUAGCUCAAGAAGGCUGCACAAGAGGAACACAUGUAUGGACUAAAAAGGAUGCAGGUAAAAAAGUAGUUCCAUGCAGGCAUGAUUGGCACCAGACUGGAGGAGAAGUGACUAUUUCUGUAUAUGCUAAAAACUCUGUCCCUGAUCUGAGCUACGUAGAAGCUAAUAGCACAAUGGUAAACAUCCAUAUUGUGUUUGAAGGAGAAAAGGAGUUUCAUCGCAGUGUGAAGUUAUGGGGAGUGAUCGAUGUAAAGAGGAGUUAUGUGAACAUGACUGCUACAAAGAUUGAGCUCACUAUGAGAAAAGCAGAGCCCCUGCUAUGGGCAAGUCUGGAAUUGCCAGUAUCCAACACGCAACCAAAACAGGAGACUUCWGAUCAAUAACGAUUCCAAGAGAUGAGUUAUUUCCCAUGAUGAAGUGGUGACUUGCUACUGUAAUCAAAUAUUUAACUUUUAUAUAGAUUUCUUUUUUUUUUAAUGCUAGAUUAUCUGUUCCCUUCUAGAAAUUAAUUUGAGGCACAGUAAAUGGGGGUGUAAGCUUAAAGGGUAACAGCUAUUUCUGCUCUUGUUCCCCUGAGUAUGUUUAUGCUUAUGUUUAUGAGRUGCAGUGUCUCCAUGGGAAUUGAGAGUAAAACAGCUAUUGCCCUUUGCUUGCCACCUUCCCURCCAUGCACUGACUGUCCCAGUAGAUGUGCUCUCUGUUCACUGUGGGUGUCUUUGUUUCUCAGCUGUUCAGUUUAGACUGGAUGCAUUCAACAGCCUGUGUUAAAUUCAACACUAUUAUGAGGCAUACAGUGAUGCAGAUACAAAAAGCUGAGUUUGACCUGAUUAGCAUGCAAUUCCACAUCUAGAGUAAAAGGUUCCAUGAACAGAAAUAUGAAAUUGUACAUUUGUAGACUUCCAUUUUCUGAAACAAAGGUUUGUUUCAAUACCUCUUCGCUAUGGAGGAAUGAAAUAAAUGAUAUUAUUCCAAGGA